CGAAGGCGUUCGGUUUGUUCAGUGAGUUACGAGAGUCGUGUCGGUGUCCCUGGCGGUGAUCGUCUCAGCUGUUUUCGAGAUAAGGAAGGCGAAAAUCGUGCGGUAACGCCGCUCUCCGUCAUCGGUUAGAGAGGAGAUCUUCCACCCCUGUUAUUCCGGCCGCCUUGCAACAGGUUCAAAUUUAUGGGACAAUAAGGAGUGCUGUGCGUAUAGUGCGCGUGUAUACGUCUCCGGUCCAUCCCCCUCUCGUUCUCCGGUAGUGAGAGAGAGCGUCGGGCCGGGCUAUCAAACUCUCAUAAAACUGUCAGCCGCCCGACCGCCGAGCUGACUUAUGCGCGCCCCGCUACUCCAGAAGACUCAAAGUUCGCGGCCGUCCCGCAACGGGCAUUCGACCGACGGAAUCGGCGCGGAAUACCGUGAAAAAUCAGGUAGCCGAAGAGCAGGAACCGCGAGGGCCGCAAAUUGACCGGCGGUGGGAUUCGUUCCUUCGGGGUUGGAGAGGAACGUCGCGGGAUUCGCGGACGAGGGGGGCGCGUGCGCGCGGGCCCCGCUGGUGCACGCCGAAGGAGGAAAGAAGAGCCCGGGUUGCCCGCCUGCUCGGCUCGGGCAGCGCUGCGGUGUGACGCAGUCGGCGAAGCGGCGUGGCCGUAGCUCUUGAGCCGCGGCGGGACCCCCACUACCAGAAGCUCCCAAAUAUCUCUCCAUUAGCCCCCCUGGCGGGCUGCCCCCACCCGAGACCGAUGCUGCGCACCCCUCUCCACCCUUGUCACGUCGGGUAGCGGAGAACGGGGUUGAAGAAUCCUCGGCGGCGGCAAGAGAGACCAAUCAAGGUUUGACGGACGACUGGGAUUGGUCGCUGGCUCUGACACGCAGCGCGGCACGUGACAGCGCUACCGCACCGGCCCCCGAGAUCACGGCUCAGUACGAUACGACCGCCCUUCGCGCACGCAACGCACCUAGAUAUCGGACGGGACCGCGUAGCGUUAACCGCAACGCAGCGAAACAACGCCUGCGAAUCAACGGUACACCGCUCCUGGUCCUCGUCCUGGACGGUCGCGACUCUCCGCCGGGGGUCCUGCCCCGGUCCUUUAUUCAAUCGCUGCGCGUCGCGUUGCCUCGAGAGUGCUCGGAUCACGCCGGGAAUCAGUGCCGAAUCCAAGGGCCGAUCCGGUCUCGAUGGAUCUUACGCGCCUCGCCGCCAGCUACCCGUAGGCAAUUGCGCCUCCUUAGGUCGUAAAGAAACGGAAGACAGUUUUAUGGCCUCGGCCACGUGGCGCUCGUAAACCAGGAGUUGACUCGGACCGCCUCGCUGGCAACACGCUCUCUAUUAGCCGGGGCUUACACCCUUCUUCAUUAUCCAAUCGUUAAUCGUGUUUCUCGAACCGCCGCGCGAUAGUAAAGUGUUAACGUAUUCGCGCCUCACGCGUGCACACACGUCUCGCCAGUGAAGUGAAGCGAAGAAUAAAGGAGGAACGAGAAUAAGUAUCGUAGCCUGUAUAGAAAAGGAGGAAAGGACUCGCUGUCGGAGAGAUGUACUUAAAAGUGUUGAAAGUUCGAUAGUAUUGAACCCCAGUGUUUGUAUCACCGUUCGUGUCAAUGUUCGUCUGAGGGACAAGAUACAAGAAAAGCCCCCCAGUCAAAUUCCUCCGGGCACACGAAAUCCAAGGGCGGAAAAAAAAACAAACAAACAAACAAACGAGAAACGGAAUAAAUCGCUGCAAACUUCCGCCGCGACAGUUUUCGUCGUUCGCUUCUUUCACCAAAGUGCGCCGCUAGCCGAGAUGAGCUCUUAUCAAUUCGUCAAUUCUCUCGCGUCCUGCUACGCCGGACAGCAACCUCAGCAGCCACCGAGACCGACUCCAAACUCACCGGGCGAACCGAUGCAGGCCGCUUCGCCGGCGGGUGGCGAUUACUACAAUCCGAACGCCGCCGCGACGAGUUACCCGCCCACGUGCUACUCUCCGCAGCAACACUACCCCCAGCAUCCGUACGCCACCCCGGCCGCAGCGAUGCAGCAUCCCGCCCCAACGGGGAUGAUAGACUACACGCAGCUACAGCCGCAACCGCGGCUGAACGCGACCGCGACUUCCCAGCAGCAGCACAUGCACCCCCAGCAGCAGCCCCACCACCCCCAACAGCAACACCAUCCUCAGCAGCAGCAACUCCACCCGGACCCGACGUCCCCGCUUCUCCAGGGUGCUCCAGCCCCCGCCGCACCCUCGGCGGCUAGCUGCAAGUACGCGGACUCGACCUCCUCGACUAGCGUUGCCUCUCCCCAGGACCUGAGCACCUCCACCUCCCGGAACAGCCCCGCACCCCUGGUCGCCCCCGGGACCAGCAAGACUUCGGGCCUCACCUCGCCACCGGGGAGUUCUUCGAGGUCGUCGGUCGCCGCCUCCGCGGCCUCGCCUCCCGGAGGCAGUUCGAGGGGCGUCGGGGGCGAGGGAACCUCCACGUUGACCACGGCCUCGUCGGCCUCCUCACCGGCUUCCUCGACAUCGAGCACCUCCAGCACCGGCAACAACUCGUCGAACAAGGGAAACGCCAGUGGUGGUAAUCCACCCCAAAUCUACCCGUGGAUGAAACGGGUUCACAUUGGACAGAGUACGGUGAACGCGAACGGUGAAACGAAACGACAGAGGACCUCAUACACGAGGUAUCAGACCUUGGAGCUCGAAAAGGAGUUCCACUUCAAUCGGUAUCUGACAAGGAGACGGCGUAUCGAGAUCGCGCACGCGCUCUGCCUUACGGAGAGGCAGAUAAAGAUCUGGUUUCAAAACAGAAGAAUGAAGUGGAAGAAGGAGCACAAAAUGGCGAGCAUGAACAUAGUCCCGUACCACAUGUCGCCUUACGGCCACCCCUACCAGUUCGCUCCGCACCCGGGACAGUUUGCCCAUUUGGCUACAUAGGACGAAUUCUCGCCCGCCGAGCUUGGAGCACACGCGGUCCGGUUCCCCGGGAUGUACGGCGAGCAGAACUUUUAGAGCUUUUCCUUGAUUUUUUCCACGACUAUCGCGAUGUCCGCUGGUCUCCUCCGGCGACGGAGCUUUAAAAGCUCGCCGCCGGGGCGGACGGGCGGAAUUUCGCAUCUCCGCGUGCGAUUUUCCCGCGUCGCGUUACGACGGGGGCGCAUCGGAAAAUUUGGUGCCCGCGUCUAAUGGGCCGCGCGGUUAUUUGCCGAUGGAAAAAGAAGCCGAAAAUUCUGUCUCAAAAUGAACAAAAAAAAAAAAAAGGAAACAACAACAUGUUGAUAAACGCCGUUAUUUCCGGUUGAUAAUUGACUGGACGCGCUCCGAGUACGUGUAAAGGAUUCUCGUGUUAUACGAGUGAAAUGAUCGUUUCACUUGUACGGUUAUGUUACAUAACGCAAAGAGUUCCAAUUUAGCGGGCGAGGUAAUCGAAUACUAAUAUAAAUAUAUAUAUAUAUAUAUAUAUAUUUAAAUAUAAGAGUAGAAAUUAGCAAUAUAAUUGAAUAACUACCCAAAACUUUCCAGCUGCUCACUGCUUUUUAUCACCGCGUUAAAUUCAUCCAAGAAAUUGAAUUCUUUUCGAUUGUUACACUUUUCGUUUCUGUCUAUUAUUGUUAUUAGCGUUUUUUAUUUAUCUCUUUUUUUUCAUUUCUUUUCUUCCCCACGUCUUCGGCUUAGACGAUGAUGAUCCUUGCGGGCGAGGUUCCGGUAGUAACUUAUCCUGCAAAGAAAUGCGAAAAAGUUAUAUAAGGAAUAUAAAUACAAAACUAUAAUUGAUAGACAAGUGCAAAAGAAAAAAAUACGCGAAAUGCAAAGAAGAAUUGUAUAAAAGGAAUAACUUUUAGACGCUCGGCGGUGUUUUUAAUAAUAAUAGUAAUAGCAAUGUUGAGGAAAAAAGAAAAAUAAAAAAAAAAAAAAACAACGACAGAUAGAAAGUGUAAAAAAAGAGGAUAAUAUGGAGGGAAGAAGCAU